GAAACUGGUAUGUGCGCGUGACGCAGAAGGUGCUUUGCUCCUGUUGCGCGCGCGGUGGAGUCAAACGCGUGCGCUCUUGGAGAGAGCAGAACCUCUCCAGCAGGAUCCGGACAGAUCGUGUUACCUUUUCAGAAAGAAAAAUGCCAUUUGAAAGGUGAUUGAAAACAAUAUCUGCUUAAAUGUUUGGCUAAAUGUGGAUGAUUAAGCCAAACUAAAUUUGAGCGGUUCUCCAAAAGAAUAAUGCGCACGAUGUGCGCGCCACGGAUAACUUACUAGUGCACUUACUUUUAAGGGAAAUAGGAAAUGAAGGUGAUGUCUUGGCUCUUAAUGUUGGAUCUCAGACAAACUGAAAUUAAUUUUUACUGAUCUGGACUUAACUGCUGAACCGGAGGAGAGUUUGGUCAACUGGUGGAUGCGCACCGAUGCAUCGUACACAAGAAAUUCAUUGUUUAAGCUGAACGUGCAUCCAGUGAUGGCAACCCAGGGUUCAACGUGGAACAUGUCUACCUCAGACUACUCAAAUCAAACCAAACAAAUCCCCAACAUUACCCUAGACUCAAGUGAAAGCUCGCCCUCCGAGGGCACUCAAAUCAUGGCUGUGAUAUAUCUCAUCGUGUUCGUCCUGGGUUUGACCGGAAACUCUUUGGCCAUAUUUGUGGUUCUGCGUUACACCAAAAUGAAGACGGUCACCAACAUGUACAUCUUAAACUUGGCGGUAGCCGACGAGCUUUACAUUCUCGGACUUCCUUUUCUCACCACACACAACGUGCUGUCAUACUGGCCGUUCGGCAACUUCUUGUGUCAUAUUGUGAUGUGGGCAGACUCCAUCAGUCAGUUUACCAGCACAUUCUGUCUGACAGUAAUGAGCAUUGAUCGAUACAUGGCCGUGGUGCAUCCCAUCCGCAGUGCCAGGUGGAGGCGACCCAGCGUCGCCAAGGUGAUAAAUGGCAUGGUGUGGGCACUGUCUUGUGUUUUGACGCUGCCUGUCAUUAUUUAUUCUGAUGUUCAGCCUGGCUUUAACACCUGCAACAUGAGCUGGCCCGAACCGCACGACGUGUGGUCCACAGCUUUCAUCCUCUACACCGCCAUCUUGGGCUUCUUUUGCCCCUUGCUGGUCAUCUGUCUUUGUUACCUGCUCAUCGUGGUGAAGGUGAAGUCCGUCAGGGCGCGGGCUGGGCUCUCCAAACGACGCAGGUCGGAGAAGAAGGUGACGAGGAUGGUGGUGAUCAUAGUGGUGGUUUUCGUCCUGUGCUGGUUGCCGUUUUUCAUCCUCAACAUCGUCAACCUGAUCCAGACUCUCCCGGAGAACAGCAUCAUCACCGGCGUCUACUUCUUCUCCGUCAUCUUGACCUACGUCAACAGCUGUGCCAAUCCGCUCCUCUACGGUUUCCUGUCGGAUAACUUCAAACAGAGCUUCCAGAAGGUCCUCUGCAUCCACAGUGUCGGCGGGGUCAGCAACAGCCGUCCAGGUCACACAAACAUCACCAGGAGCCGCCCGAACAACCCUUUCUUCACGCCAAGGAGCUCGGAUUACAACGAACAAGCCCAGAGCUAUCAAUCAGUGGGUUUGAAGACUGGGCGCUGUGACAAAACGGAAAACCACCGACCCGGACCACAAGUGACCAGUCAGUCAAUUUAAGAUCUGCCUGCGCUUGCAUCAUCAGUGAGGUGAAAUCUGAGGGGUGGAUGUUGUUUUGUGUGAACGUGCUUCAUUGUUGAGGUUUGCUGUCUGAAGACAAAUGGCAACACGUACAACAUACACGGAUUAUAGCAAAAAAUGAAGUUCAUAUUUGACAUUUGGACCCAUCGAGAGGUUGGUUGCUGUUACAAGAAACAUUUGGAUGGAACAUUGACAACCGGUGGUGGUUUUGAAUUUUAUGUUUUAAAUCUAUUUGUGGAUUUCCACAUUUCCCUUUGGACAAAUUAAAUAGACAUCACUCUUAACUAACAUGUUAUACUGGAUGCAGUUAUGCAGGAGAAAGAAAAAAUAACAUAUCAUUAGAAUAAUGAAUAAACAAAUCUAUUUAAACCGAUCAUAUGAAUAUAAGCAUAAAAGCAAAAUACAGUACCGCCCAGAAGAUCUUCAAAGAGGACAUGCACAGACAUCACGCCUACUUAAAUUAGGAUUGAUGGUUGGCUAGAUUUGUAUUGCCCCAUCUUGCAUAGUUUUUGUUUCAUUCCUAGUAAGCAGUGCAUUUAGUUUCAUAUCCAAACAUGUUUAUCUUUAUGUUUAUUUAUCAUAAAAACAAUUCCAAUAAUAGUCACAUGUCAAUAUUCACAUUAUUUGGUUCAUAUGUGUUGUAUGUUGUACUUCUGCUCACCUGUAUAUUGUUUUAGGAUGUUGUAAAGUUAGGUGCUUUAAAUAGAGAUCAAAGUUAAGUGAUGUAAGAGAUAUAUAUUAACAGCACCUUACCACAAAACCUAAGAUUUUAAAAGAAAUCUCAGGUUUUAUUAGUCCAUCCUUUUUUUGAGACAUUAAUGUCUUGAGUUUGUGCUCUGAUGUAUUAUAAAAUGUCAGUUUUUCACUGUUUUAAUGCUUUAAAUAAUUCACUCAGUAAAUGUGUAAAUAUUAUAGAGCUGCUAUGUUGUUACAACUAUUUUUUUAAUGUUAUUCAUGAAUCAAAUUAACAUUAACACAAUUGCCAUAUUCGCAGUUUGCUGACAGGUUCAACGGGUCGCCGUACUUUGUUCAGUUUACAUUUGCAAUUACAAUACACAUUAAUUUAUAGUGACCAGUUUAGUCAUUUCAGCUAAUUUUCAACUAUAGCUCACGGGCAAGCGCAACUACAAACACAGGGAACAGAAAUGAGAAAACUUUAAAAACAAGGACGUUAGAAAGUUACAAUGAUGACGGUCACCCAGCUAGAGGUUUUCUUGGGUCCAAAGAAAUGUGCCUGACCCUAAAUGAACUGAAUCGCUUUUUACCCAAACCCAAGAAGAAAGACCCGACACGAGACAAACCCAAGAAAA